UUUUUUUUUUUUAAUGUUUGUGCUCUAGUGUGUGGACGUGCUCUCGAGCUUUUUUGCCCGCACUUCCUCGGAAGCCGCCGCAGCCAUUGCCAAAACACCCCAGACUUCAUUCCAAGUGAAGCGCGUGGUGGAGCCGGGGAGAUCCAGGCAAGCCCCUCGGGGUUUAAAACCCAGCAAGCAGGAAAAGGUACGUCUCUAGGACCUCGGAGGAGUUUGGACAAGGCGUGAGUCAUCCCGGGCAUCCAGCUGGCCCAGCGCUUCCUCCGGCAGGAAGUGCCCCAGAGUUUGGUGGCCAGCCUGAAUGAUCUCGUGGAUGCAGCUGGGGUUUCCCUUCCCCCACACACCCCCGACCGUGCACCCCCAAUCUCUGGCUUGAAAGUUCUCACGCGUCCUGCAAAUCUGUGCUUUAGGGUUCCCGGUUCUUUCUUUCCUCCUUCCUCUAGCCGCUUCAUCUCUGCACAUCACCUAGUCGGACCAGAGAGAAAACAAUAGCAAGUCCUCUUGACUUGAUAAGGCAACACCAGCGUUAUCAUCAUACAAAAAUAACUGGUGUGUUCCCCGGAAAACCAACCUCUUUUCAGGGCCCACGCGAAAGGAAACCCAAGCUGCCUCUCCUCCCCUGCUGUUCCCAAAAGGACCGGGAUUCCACCUCCCUCCCCCGCAUUCGGUGCCGGAACACGGAGCAAGACGGGUCGCAGGCCCUUUCUUAGGAGGGGCUGUAAAGCUGGCUGGAGAGAGGGAAGAGGAAAAGUUCCCGGGACCAAACUGGGGGAUCAGACUUUGAGCGCCGUGUGUCAGCCUGCAUGGUGGUGGCCCCCAAGGCGGCAACGGUGGGCUUCUCCAGAGAGCCUUGCUGGGCCUGAACGAAAAAACUUGGAACCAUGCAGAAUAACUUUACGCCUGUGGCCUUGAUGGGGUUACCUGUUGAUGAACCAGAGCUGAUCUGCAAGAUUGAACCAGGGGAAGAGCUGUGGAUCCCAAGCGAUCAGGCUUCCAGAGAGCGACGGAUCCUGCCUGGAAACAAGUCAGGUGGUGUAUCUUCAGAACCUGCAAUCGCUCCCUACAGGCAAUAUCGAGGCACCACAUGGACCUACCCAGAAGUCAUUGACCUCCUGGUAAUCUGGAGGGAGCGGGAGAUCCAGCAGGAGCUUCAGCGGAGCCACAGGAAUAUUGAAACUUUUCAGGUGGUUGCCAGCAAGAUGGCCAAAAGAGGCCACAAACGUUCCGCCUUGGAGUGCCGCUCCAAAAUCAAAACUUUGAAGAGGGACUAUAGGAUCGCCAAGGCCAACAACUCUACCGGCAAAGGGCAUUUAGCUUGGCUUUUCUAUGAUCAGCUGGAUCACCUCUUGGCUAAUGAUGCAAACAUCCCGCCUCCAGACAGACUGCUCAGUUUCAGUCACCGUGGAGCAUCCCUAGCAGACACAAUUUCUCAGUGCUCCACAGAGGAGGAGCCUAUGCCAGAGGAGCCCAAGGAGUGUAGCCCAGCUAGUCGGGAGCUCUUUGCCCUGAGAACUCAGUUGCCAGCUGAGAUCUCCAAUAUGGCAGACUGCUGUCCUACCCUGCACAUCAAGGAAGAAGCCCCCGAUGAAACCCCAGUAAUGCCUCCAAUGGGCAUAGCAGAAGACGGCAGUCCAGCUCCUCCCCUGGCCUCUGCUCCUUGUGAUAAGCCAGGCAGCUCCGCCUCAACAGCAGACGGGCCCAUAACCCCCUGUCAGAGUCCCUCCCCUGGCCCUGCGAGGUCUUACGCUGCCGAACGGCUUGCCAACAUCCGAAAACGAAAGCGGAAAAACAGGCAAGACCUGGCCCUGGAAAUCACACAGGCGGCUGACAAAAGGGUGCAAGCAGCCACUGACCAGAUCCUGGCUGCCCUUGGGGAAUAUGCCAAGGCAGACUUGGAGGACCGUGAGAGAGACCGCAUGGACACUGAGCAGAUCAUUGCGCUCAUGAAUCGGCAGACGGAACUGCUGGAGUCCCUGGUGCGGAAGCAGGCGGAGACUCAGGCCCUGGCGACCCCCACACUCACCCGGCAUGCCCGGUUGCCACGGCUUGGGCAGCCCAGUCAUCCGGUGGAGCCUUCUCCUUUGCGCUUGGCUGUUCCCAGGCGGCCAGUUUCCAGGGCGAGGUACAGAAGGUGACUUCGGAACUGUGCCACUUUCAUGGAACGAUUGUUGUUUUAGAGUUUCUCGGCAUGCAGGACCUUGGGGUGGUACCUUUGUAACGGGUUUGUGGUUUUACUUUUCAGGAAUUUUAAAGCUUUUUACAAUAAUGUUUUAUUUGUUGAUUGUGUAAAAAAACACACCAAAAAAAAGCAGAGAGAGAAAA